UGAAGUCAGCGCCCGACAGAGAGAGAGAGAGAGAGAGAGGGAGAGAGAGGGAGACAGGGGAGAAAACGCGCUCUGUCUCCGAGGAUCGAGGACAGCACGGUCCUCGCCAGCGAGUGACCCCGCGCAGGGCAUUGCUCUCGGCAGCUGCGUUUGUGCGGGGCCAGGAGGGAAGGACAGGGGGCCGUGCCAGGCUGGAGGAGCCUUGCCUUCGCGAAGCUGGAGAGGAUCUCUCGGGGGUCCGCCUUCCCCUGCCUGGGAAGCACUUCCCCUCUGGUGGCAGCGGCCGCGGCGGCGGCGGCGGCAGCAGCAGCCCCAGCUCCUCUCCUGGGGACCAGGGCAGAAUGCCUGUGCUGGAGCGCUAUUUCCCCUCGGCAGAGCUAGGCAGAAGGUGGACGGCCCCCGAGGGUGUGUUGCCCUCCUCGCCGGGCGGCCGGCCGGGGUGCCAGCAGGGGCCGCUGCCCUGGGACUCGCCAGAGAUGAUCAGGAUGGUCAAGCUGGUCUGGAAAUCCAAAAGUGAGCUGCAGGCGACCAAACAGAGAGGCGUGCUGGAGACUGAAGAUGCUCUGCACGGCUUUCCAGGAGAUGUACGACUGAGGGGUCAGACGGGGGUGCCUGCUGAACGCCGUGGCUCCUACCCGUUCAUUGACUUCCGCCCGCUCAACAAUACAACACACUCAGGGGAAAUUGGCACCAAGAAAAAGGUGAAAAGACUGUUAAGCUUUCAAAGAUACUUCCAUGCAUCGAGGCUGCUUCGUGGGAUUGUACCACAAGCCCCUCUCCACCUGCUGGAUGAAGACUACCUGGGACAGGCAAGGCACAUGCUCUCCAAAGUGGGAAUGUGGGAUUUUGACAUUUUCUUGUUUGAUCGCUUGACAAACGGAAACAGCCUAGUGACGCUGCUCUGCCACCUCUUCAGCACCCAUGGGCUCAUUCACCACUUCAAGUUAGACAUGGUGACCUUACACAGGUUUUUAGUCAUGGUUCAAGAAGAUUACCACAGCCAAAAUCCAUAUCACAACGCUGUCCACGCAGCCGACGUCACCCAGGCCAUGCACUGCUAUCUGAAGGAGCCAAAGCUCGCCAGCUUCCUCACGCCUCUGGACAUCAUGCUGGGGCUGCUGGCUGCAGCAGCACACGACGUUGACCACCCGGGGGUGAACCAGCCAUUUUUGAUCAAAACUAACCACCACCUCGCCAACCUGUAUCAGAACAUGUCUGUGCUGGAGAAUCACCACUGGCGAUCGACAAUCGGCAUGCUUCGAGAAUCAAGGCUUCUUGCUCACUUGCCGAAGGAAAUGACACAGGAUAUCGAACAGCAGCUGGGCUCCCUGAUCUUGGCAACAGACAUUAACAGGCAGAACGAGUUCCUGGCCCGACUGAGAACUCACCUCCACAAUAAAGAUCUGAGGCUGGAGGAUGGACGCGACAGGCACUUUAUGCUCCAGAUUGCCCUGAAGUGUGCUGACAUCUGCAACCCUUGCAGAGUCUGGGAGAUGAGCAAGCAGUGGAGCGAAAGAGUCUGCGAGGAAUUCUACAGGCAAGGUGACCUUGAACAGAAAUUUGAACUGGAAAUCAGUCCUCUUUGUAAUCAACAGAAAGAUUCGAUCCCUAGUAUACAAAUUGGUUUCAUGACCUACAUUGUGGAGCCCCUGUUCCGGGAAUGGGCCCGCUUCACGGGAAACAGCACCCUGUCGGAGAACAUGCUAAGCCAUCUCGCACACAACAAAGCCCAGUGGAAGAGCCUGUUGCCCAAGCCGCACAGAGGCGGCAGCGGAGGCGGAGGUGGCCCGGACCUCGCAGGCCAGGGGGCUGAGAAGGAGGAGCAGACUGGGACCAGAGGGGACACCCCCUAGUGCCAGCCAGGCCUGCCCCCUGCUCUGCACACCGAGAGGCUGGGCACCUCCUCGAGCAGAGGCCUCCAGGGAGGGGAGAAGCCCUGAGGGGUUCCUGCCACCAGCCCAGCCGCUCUCUGGGUCUCCCCCGGGGGCUCUUUGUGACGCCACCCUCCUCAUCCUCACCUGCCUCCCUCCUUUGUCCAAGUGUACAGAAGCCAUCCUCCACCUCAGUCGUCACCUCAGCAUUAGCUGCCGAAAGGAGCAACUGCAUCCAGCCACGUGGGAGCUGAGUCCAGGAGCAGCUCGCCCCGCGAGGAGGGGAUCGGGAAGUGGGAGGGAGGUGCUUCUGCCGUGUCCCCAGGGCCUGGGUCACACAGGACGGGCAGCAGCUCCUCAGUCUGGAGCACCUUCGCGUUUGCCGUCUGACUGCUGAUCUGCGUGACAAAAACACCAGCAUAUUUGGAACUCCAAGGAUAUUGGUCUUAAGUGCCAGCGCACAGAUGAGAGUGUGAGAGAAAGUACCUUCUAUUUUAAUAAUAAUUAUUAUGAUAAAAAUAAUAAUAAAUCUUUUUAACUUUUCUAUUGUAUGCACUAGACAAUGGAUCUAAAACUUUGGGCUAAGAUCGCUCAGUGCACCCAGGCCGGAACAGGGGGGUCAUUGCUUUGUUACUGACGUUAGGCCACUUUGGGGCCGAGAUCUGCGUCUUCUCAGUUCCAGAAACCACGUGUCCCACCCCAUCCGAGGGAAGGUGCUGUACAGUUCAUUCCUUUGCACCGUUAGCCGAUCCGUCUUUUAUCAGUAACUCAGAUUCAGCGACAUGUUUCUAUCCACACUGUACAUCUUCUGUAGAUAACAGCGCUACUGAACCCCAGGCUAAAAUCCGUGAGUGUGGUGGGGUCGCUACCUGUAUAAACAACGGCACUGUGAACAGAUACUGUUAGUUUUCAUACAAGAGAAUGCGUUUGUAAAUAUGGUCUAGAGUUUAUUAAUAUACUAUUGUUUGCAGAUAAAGGCCUUAACUUUAAACGUCUUUCAUCCUCUGGAAGCUGCCCAACUUGAAUCCUCACAGAUGUCCUUCUCAACUGCCUUCCACGUCCAUCUUCCUGCUUUCCAGCUAAGGUCACAAAACAAACUGAAUAAAGUCUUUGAGGAACUCUCGUGGGAACUCCACGUGCAUUCCUCUUGAGACCGUAGUGUUUACUCUACGGCACAAGGAGCGUGUCCUCAGACUAACGAGACCCUUCCAGCCAGCCGGAAGGCCUUUCCAACACAGCGAUGUUGCACACAGCUCUAACAAGCCAGCUGAUGAGUUCGUGUGUGUGUGACUCUUGUCAUGGACGUGGCGGUGUAUCAACCUCGAAGGUAGACAUAGCAGGUCUCACAUGCCUUCUGUGACCCUGUCAUCUAAGCGUCAGGGAACUCCCCUGAGCCCCCACCCCACUUUCGUCUGCUGUGGCUACAGUACCAAAGCACCUUUGACUUAUGGUUGGCGUGCAUUUCUUUGGUGUUGAUAGUAACUGGAUUUUUCUUUCUCCUUCAUUUCAUGUGAACAACUACCCAACUGUUUAGCUGAAGUUAACAUUAUUUAAGUAAAGAAAAUAUUUCAGUUUUCUGACAGAAUUUGCCUUCCUGGCAGGUCAUUGUGGUCAAUUACGGCUCCAGAGUCAACUUGGGAUUUUGUUGUCAUUUUUUUCUGCAGACACUUGGCUGGAAAAUCGAUUGGUUGCAGCAUUCUCUAGUCAGCUAAACUGUGCGUUCAACCUUUUCUCUAGAAGUUAGAUGAAAAUUGGCGGGGCCUCUUUCUUUUUACCUUAAACGAUGUGGUAAUGGGAGAAUGAUCUGAUCAUUUCUGCCACUGCCAAGCUGGUUCAUGAGCCGAGAGAAUGACAGCUAACACUCACUCCCUAAGUGUAACUGCUUUUUUUUUUUUUCCUCCUAACAUACAAAUGGAAUGUUCAAAACUUGACUGGAUUGUAAUAAGUUCCUGUAGAGAGACUGAGGCUGGCAGGGUUAAGGCUUAGGGGAAAUUUUGGAAAGUUGGUUAUAUUUUCAUUAAAGUAGGAGACAUUGUCAGAUGGUACUAAAGAAAGUGUGAAAACCUCAGGAAAUGGAUGGACAAUAAUUCAAAAUUGUUGAUGUGGGUAAGAAGGGAAGUUGUGAAAACUCAGCACUAACUUUGUUCUUGUUUUUCUGUAACAACUCUGAACUGACACACGAGUCUUUAUUGCUAAAACACUCUGAAGCUCUCUGCUUGGUGAGGCCCCACAGAGGACGUGUUGAAUGUAUUCCUGCUUCCAAACCUCUCUUAUUUCGGUUUGUGAUGCAGACAGGGCUUUGGGGCUGUCUAUUUAAUGUACAUGAGGUCAACUCAAGGACAGCCAUUCCCGGAGACAAUACAGUACAGAUAAGAUGGAAGAUGAUAGUUUAGCUAAUGGGGCCUUUACCUUGAGUUUAGGAAAUAGACUUUGUUUAAAUUAUAUUUAUAUCAUAACUUAAAUAAGAUUGGGAUGUUUUUAGUAGUUCCAAGUUUAUAGGACAAAAGGGUUUAUGUUACAAUCAGGUCUUGAAGAAGAGCUCACAGAGAAGACUACCGAAUAUCCAACAGUCAAGCUUAUGAAGCAGCUACUAGUACAAUAAAAAUCUGAAGUAAAAUGAGACCUCGUGCGUAAACCAGAUGCAUCUGUGUCCUUCUUUCAACCAUCUGGAGAUUUCUUGAGUUCUUUGCUUUUUGGCAAAAAAAAAAAAGAGAAUGUGAAAACUGUUUUUUCUUGCCUACUUGCCUACUAGUGGCUCUCUUGCAAUAUUUCCACGGAAGGAAUCCAAUUAUUAGUUAAGACACAGCUAUUGGACGCCCACGGACUUCUCACCUUCUUCUUCUUCUAGUCCGUGCACCAUCAAUAGCUGACCGAUCAAGUUCAAUUCUUUCAUUGCCUGAGAAGAAAGGUAUCAAAGGGCUAUUUUCAGUAAGCGAAAGGUAGAGUCAAAAUCAAGUUAAGAGAGAGAGACUAUAUAUCACUGCCAGGCCUGAUGGGAAAGCCUGUUUUUCGUUUUCACAGCGUCCGUGAGCAGUCAGAACCUUGCUCACGGAGCCCUGACCUACCCACAACUCCCAGCUGGGCUGAGCGAACCCCAGCUCCACCUUGACCUGCUUAAGGCCUCUCGCAGAGGACGUGGAGCGUGUCCCGCAACACAGUCUACAGACAGCGCUUCCUACAAACAGACUCGUUUUGUAACCUUUUCUCGUGUUGAUUCAGAUCUGCUCACUGAUUUGAAAACUGGUUAUGAGCUUGUAUCUCACUGUAUUUCUUAUGCUUUGUUCUUUUAAGCAAACCCUUAAAAUUGUGCUGUUUUGUGUACACAGGUGAGAUUUGGGAAAAAAAACCAUCUUGUGAGUUUUUGCUCAAAAUGUGGCCUAAAUAGCCAUUGGCAUGUCUAGAUAAACAACUAAA